AUGAGCGACGAUGCCCAAACCUGGGUACGGACAAUGCGCUCUCAAAAUGCAGAUUGGGAGUAUGUACUCUGGGAUGACGAGACGAAUCGGAUGCUCGUCGAACAGUACUUCCCUUGGUUCCUGACGGAUUACAAUCGUCUCCCCAAGGAGAUCCAUCGAGCAGAUGUGGUGCGCAACCUCUACAUGUAUCUAUUCGGAGGAAUGUACGCCGACGUCGACACAGAAGCUCUCCGACCCGUUGAGCCCCUCUUCACCAGCCAUUUUACCACCCUCGCCAGGCACAAUCAGAUCCUCUCCUCAGGGCCGCGCAAGAUCGACCAUGACUGCACGCAGCGCGGAUUUGUCGGCCACAUGGCACACAAAGAAGGACUGGAUGGCCCCGCCGCCGUCCCGAAUGGCUGGAUGGCAUCACCCCCCGGUCACCCUUUUUGGCUCCUGCCUGUGAUCCACGUGAUUGAGAACCCCAACGGGAAUGGCGAUGGAUCUGUCGAGUCACUCACAGGGCCUGGGGCACUCGGUACUAUGCUACACAAGUAUUACGAGGACUUUAAGGAUAGCUCUGUGCGGACGCAUGUGUGUCGAACGGUGCGGCGGUGGUCACCUGCGUGGGAUUUGUACUGUGGACCGGAGGGCAGUGAGGAAGAGGUUGGGGCAAAAGUUGAUAAGAUGGUGGUGCUACCGCGACAGCAGAUCUAUCCGUAUAGCUGGGCGGAUGAUAAGCAUCCGGCAUGUCUGGCAGCAUGGGGAAACCCGGACUUCAAUCCGGAUGAGUCUAGUCCACGCCAUGUAUUGGGCACUUCUACUGAUUGA